CGGAAUGUGCCGCCAUCAAAGGGGAAGGCAGUUAAAGCUUCAGUUGGAGGAAGAACCAACCACACAGAAUGAAGAUCAGCUCCACAGAAAGAAUGCAAGAAGACCUGAGACACCCCUCAGAAUAAGCAGAAAACAUGGCACCCAAGGACGCAAAGGAUGGAAAAGGAGCAAAGGAUGGAAAAGGAGCAAAGGGGCCGGAGGGACAUAAACGACACAUCCUUGAUAAGGGCAUGUCUAAAAACAUCGGCGCGCUGGUGUGCUUGCUUCUAUUUAUAACCAUGAUCGCGGUUAUGAUUCUGGCUGUGUUGGAAUUCAUAAAAGAACCUCCGCGUUCUGCACUGGAGAGAAUUCGAGAGAUGAUGGUGGACCGCGAUAUAAACCUUAAUGAAAAGACCGAUGAAGAACUUCUUACGAUAGCAGAGCGUGAAUUUGAUAGGUUGAUCGGCUUGCGUGAUCAAACGGAAGAACUGGACAUAUCACUCGCUGAAGCCCGACAGAGAGUAAAAGAAGGGAUGAUCGGAUUUAAUGGGAAACUCUAUUUCAUAGGCAGGACUGAAAUGGAAUAUUCAGCGGCAAAGAAAUACUGUAAAGAUAGAGCUCUUCAAACAGUUUCUAUUAAUGGAAACGACUAUGAUUUAGAGGGCUUCCUAGUGAUGGAAAACCAAAAAACACCGAGUGGUUUAUGGCUUGGACUUGAGAAAAGAGAUAACAAGUGGAUAUGGGAAGCCAAUGGAAGAGAAAUGAAAAUAGGAUUUUGGACUGCAAGAGAACCAUCAAGUCAAUCUUGGGACCAAUGUGUUCGAAUGGCUAAAGACUGCUCGCCCAGGCUUUAUUGCUGGGAUGACCAACCGUGUAAUGAGAAAAGAGUGGCAGCUUGUUCCAUGAAUCCGGACCCUAGGUGGGUAUAAAGCCCCAGCAUCUGGAUCCCCCACUCUCCACACAAACCGAAGAAAGAGACCAAGCCCUAGUCUCAAGCACAAGCCACGUUGAAACCCAGAACUGCUCCAGGCAGCCUGCCCACUACUGGCAAUGGGACGUGAAAGACCUCCGCUCUCCGCAUUGAUCAGCGCUAAGAAACCCCCCCCCCCUUUAUCGUUGCUUCCUCCAAGCUUACUUAUUUUGCAUGCCUCAGAGCUGUAGGUGGGCACAAUAAAGCGUGAAAGAGUAAAGUCA